AUGGAAAUCGUUGAAAGAAAUAAUGAAAUUCCGGAUUUUUUAAAGCUUAUAAAUGAAUUAAAAAUUAAAGCUAAAGGCAUAAAAGAACAAAUUAGUAUUACCACAGAAAGAGUUAAUAAUCAUUCACUGAAGACUAAUUGCGGUGUAUCUUUGCUUGAUGUUAAAAAUCAUACGCUCCUUCAAUACAUUACAAACUUAGCUUUCCUAAUUCUCCUGAAAUUAGAUGGAAAAUCAAUAUCUGAUCAUUCUGUCAUUUCAAAUCUGGUGGAGUUAAGAAUAAUUUUGGAAAAGAUUAAACCUGUUGAACAAAAAUUAAAGUACCAGAUAGAUAAAUUGAUAAGAGCUGCAACAAUUGAAAACAUUGAAGAGAAUAAUGCUAAUUUAAUGACUAGUAAUACUGCAGUAGCUGAUCCUCUAUCUUUUAAGCCAAAUUUGCAAGAUUUUGUUUCAAAAGUUGAUGAUAAGGACGAAAAAGCGCCCGUGCAUUUUGAUGAAGGAAAUCAUUCUGUGCGCGAAAAAGAUCAAUCACGUCUUAUUGCUAGAGCAUCAAAAUCACGUAUAAUGAAGGAUCUCAUCACAGAGUUUGAUGAUAAACCAGAAGAAAUUGAUGCGACCGGUGGUGUGCGCGCAGAAAUGAUGUAUGAUAAACGAAUAGAGGAAAAACUUGCCGAACGUAAUCGUUAUGAAGAAGAAAAUUUUAUCAGAUUACAAAUUCCAAAGAAAGAGCUUAAAAAAUUAAAGAAUAAUUCAAGAAAACUUGUGGAUGAUUUUGAGAAUUUGAAUGAUUUUAACAGUUUAGCAACCAUCCAAGAAGAUGUUGAUUCCCUUGAAAGACAGAGAACAAAUGUUUUAGCCAGGCGCAACGCUCGUCAUGAAAAGUACAGUGGAUCCGAUAAUGAG